AUGCUUCCUUAUCCCAGCCAAGCUCAAGAAGACGCCAACGUGCGGCCUUUGACAGACGAAGAUCAGCAACAGCUUCUGAUGUUGGUUCAGAGAUAUGGAAUCCCCAGUCUCUUAUGUGCCUUGACCGGCUCUCCCGCAUCUUCUGGGGAUUCAACACUGUCUGCCAGUACCCUGCUCAGCAGUGUUAGUGGUCCUUCCUUGGGGUGGACGGGGUCGGAUGCGUCGCACUGCAGAUCGGACGAUGCGUCCAUUCAUACUCAGUACACAUGGCCGGAUGAAUGUCGCGAAAUACAUGCGAUGCAUGAACCGGACGGUAGCGGCAAGACGAGCGAGCGUUCUUGGCUAGACUCGCCAGCUGCCGAGCCAGUGCCUUUACCCUUCAGCGACUACAUCACCUCCCACCCAUCGCCACGGAUGGUUGCCCCGACAUCCAAAAAAUAUCAGUGCCCCAUGUGCUUUCUUGACAACAGUCCCGUAGGGUUCGGGCGCAAAAGCGAUUUCAAGAAGCACCUGCACAACUUCCACAGCGCCAACGUCGUCUGGAUCUGUCAUACAAAGGGUUGCCAUUUAUCCUUCUCCACCGAAAGAGCCUACAGUACCCACGCCAAGGAAGCUCACCGAACCAAGGCCUUGCCCAACAGCACGGCCCGAACCGACCUGUGCACCCAAGUCAUCUUCUCCUGCGGAUUCAGCACCUGUAAAGAGCGUGUAUUCGAAGCGCAAUCCGCCGACGAAGCGUCGGCAACCAGGGACAAGCAUUUUGAACACAUUGCAAAACACUUUGAGGAGGGACAGGACGUCAAGGACUGGGAGUACAGGAUCCAGAUUCAAAACCUGAUGCGGCAGCCGCAAGUAAAGCCCAUAUGGAAGACUUGUAUCUGGCCCAAGGAAAAACGACAACAGCUCUACUGGCGGCCACGCUCAUCCGGAGACUUGAAGCUCAUGCUCGAAUGCCGGCAUCUCGGCAACGACAUAUCCAACCUCGUUCGGCUGGCCUUCAUUCUGGGAACCGCUCCAUUCACCGGGCCGGCUACGCCGCCGCCAAGUGAGAUGGACAGGUAUUUCCAACUGCCCUACCGCAAGUCGUGUUCGAUCAACACUCCCGGUCACGAUGUCGCCAAUGGCGACGGUCACAAAUCUGAAGAUGACGCCUCUUCCUCGAGGACGCCGAAAAGUCGGACGAGCAUAGCAACGUCGGUGUUCAAGCUACCGAGCCGGCAAGGCAAACGAUCGUCACGUCCUGCGACUUCAGCCAGCGGGCUGAGACCCAAUGGCUCUGCUGCUGCUGCAGUCGCUGCAGUCGGCGUUACUUCUGCGCCGCCAGCAUCAACACCCAACGGCAACAUGGACACUGUCAUGGGCGAAGACAUGACCACUGGCCCUCAUCCUGGAACGCCGUAUCCCAUCCCGAACGAGACUGUGUGGCCCGUUGAUGCGCCCAAGUUUGCCCCGGAGGCGUCCCAAGUCUUGCCCAAGCAAGUGAACUCUCAGCUUGACGGCCAUGCGAUGUAUGCCAUGAAAAUGGAGCAAAGCCCUCACGACUCGCUUUACAGCAUGGAGACGUAUCUGUAUCAACAGCCUCAGGUUGGCGUUCCUCACGGCCUUUACGACUAUUCGAUGAAUGCCAGCCAGACGUGCUUGGUUCGGCCGGCCACGCCAGUGCCACACAAGCGACCAGCGUCCUGGAGCACAGUGACCAACAUGGAAAGCCUUCGACCCAGCAAAAAGGCAACACCGCACGGAAGCCCUGUUCCGCCCCAAAUGAUGCCGACAAUGAUGGGCAUGUAG